UGUUCCUAUAGAAAUGGCCAAAAUUUCACGACGUGCUGUUGCCUCGUCGUCUUCAAAUAGUGCUGCGAUAACGUCGUCUUCUUCCUCUACAUCUGCACAUACGUCAUCAUUGUCGUCGUCUGGAUCAGCAGCCGCCACCGCCUCAUAUAAGACGUCACAGCAGGCAGUAUCUUUCGAAGGUCGUACAAAUGCCAAUAGUAUUUUAAAUGAAGGUAAAUCGGCGAGAUCGGUACCCUCGGGUGCAACACAUUUUAUUGAUACUCCUUUGGGUGGUUAUGCGAGUGCCUCAGCUACAGUUACUGCUACGCCAUAUCCAUUACGAAAUGAUGGUACACAAUUUACAACAACACAUAGUAAUGUGUAUGCCUAUACAACAACGACUGGACCUAAUAAUAAUAUGCCGUAUACUGCCUCACCCCUGCCUCCAAAUAAUGCAACUAUACAAGAGCAAUUAUAUCAACAGGAACGUGACCGCAUACGUAGGGAAUUCUUUGAGACAUAUGACGUUAUGACCGGUGUUCGUAUAGCCGCUACUUUGGGUGGUUUCUUUGGUCUUAUGGUGUUCUUGAUAGUGUGGAAAAGUCGCAGUAGCUCAAAUGAAACUUUAAAGGUUUUGAAAGAUCCAAAAAUGGCUGCAGUUGCCGCGGUUUGCAUGCAAGAAGAAGAGGAACGCGAAAUACAAGAAGCCAUGGUUGCUACCGGUAUGUCAAUAUAUCCCGAUGAAUAUGAUACUAUACUCUAUAGACGUCAACGAAUGCUUUCCCUGGGCAAUGUCAGUGCACCGCCUAUGCUUAAUAGAGGCUUUCGUUUCUCUUCGGUGGGCGGUGGCUAUAGCAGUUUGCUGGAACCACCAAGAAGAUUUUCCUUUUCUGCCGCUUCGGGUGCAUUGAGUAUAGGUGGCGGUAGCUAUGCCGGCAGUAGAAGGCGUAGUGGUUCGGAAACUUCACGUAUAUUUAGUAAUUACCCUAUGGGUAGUAGUUUUGGUACCGAUGACUAUUUUGUCGAAACGGAUGAUGAAUUGGAAAACGGUGAUUAUCAGCAGCGAGAGACUACGGUUCAUAUGGAAGAUGUGGGGAAACGUUAUAAGCGCACGGAUUCGGUUAAGAGUAAACAGGGGUUUCUUGAAGUGCCGUUAAUGGGUCAAGACUCGCGACGCAGUAGCGCCAUAACCUGCUGCAGCACUGAUAGUUCUUAUUUGGAAAGACGUUCUUCUGCCUUUACGUUGGGUAUGUCAAACCUGCCGCCUUCAUUACAGCGAAAAUGUUCAACAGCUUCACGAGCAUCGAGUACCGAUAUAUGGGAUUAUUAUUAUCCCGAUAUACAAGUUAUACAGCCCACUCCCAAGCCAUCACCUUGCCCCUCCGAACGCAGUAUCUACGAACAAUUGCUGGCUCAGACACAAACGCCCACACCAUCACAGCAGCAGCAAACUCAGGCUUCCAAAACAACGACUACAACUAUAGCAAUGGAAACAUCAUUGCGAGGUCUGGCCACGGUAACCACAGCCAGUAAACCAGCCUCCAAACCUAUUACAUCGCUAACAACAACGGCUUCAGCAACUGCCAAUGGUUUGGCGUCAUCGAAAGCAGCCGUUACGCCCACAACUUCCAAUCAGUUUAUACGAAAGCAUAGUAUAGCAUUCUAUGAUCCAGAAAGUGCUCAGUCUGGUCGCAAACAACAAAUUCACUCAAUAAGCGCCGACACCGUAGAUGUCUAUCCCUAUAAUCAACCGUUGACUGAAAGAGGUAUUUAUGAUGCUUCGAAACCAGCACAAUCAGCUCCUCCGGUGGGGGUGCAUCAUGGCUUCCGUUUUUCGGAUUCCCCCACUGAGGAACUGCGUCUUAAUGUGAAACGCAAAAUUGCGGUAAUGGAACUUCCACGCAUACCAUAUCCCGAACAGGAUACGCCGCCCAGUUUAGCGGCCUUUGCCUGUGAAAAUAACAAUAGUUUUCCAUAUUCAAAUUCCGCAGCUGCCAAGGCUGCGGCUAAUGCCGCCAAUUCGAGUAGCAUCAGUAUUGAUAGCACCCCCUUAAGUAUUGAUAAGCUCAAUGGUAGUGGUAGUUUGGGUACUAUUUCUGCCAAGGCUUUAUUUAAUGCCGAUAAGAGAGCCCCUUUGGCAUCAUUAAGUUCCUUUAAGAUUUCAUCUUUGGAAUAUCAAGAUUCUGAACUAAGAUCUAUGGAUGAAGAUUCGGUAUUUCUGGAUAGUGUGGCAGAUACCGAUGAAGAUAUGCAGCAGUUAAGCAGCGACAGUGAAGAAGCCAGUUUUCCCGAAGAGCAAAAUUUGGAAGCUGCAGAGAGUUUGGUAACAGCGACUAAGCAACAGGAUAUUGUGGAACCCCCUGCCACCGUGACAAGAACCACGAGUGCAACCACAUCAAGAUAUCCCCUGGAAAAACGUUACAGUUUAGAAGUUUCCAAUGCCAACACUCCAAUAACCACUGAUUCGCCCACGGUAGGGGGAAUUGUCAGUGGUAUACCUAUAACUGCCAGUGCGCGUGUACGUAGAUCAUUGUUACAGCGUCAUCGCACCAUAAGUGUGUCUUCCAGUGAUCGCGUAGCUUUACUGGGUCAGCCUCUAAAAGAAUUUUCCUCGAGUAUAGCUCAAACAUCAAAUACGUCAUUUGAUACCAAACAGCAGACACCUUUGGAAACCCAUUUUGGUGCCAUCAUUUGUACAAACAGUCCUCCAACACAUCCCCGGCGAGCGCAACUACUGCAGCAGUACAGCGACCCACAAAGUCUGCCAACAACCACAACUACUACCACAAACACCACAGAGGAGGAUACCUGCUCUACCCUCAAUACCGAAGUGGGCAUGGGCCCUGACAAUGUGGCUGAUAUACGCGAUACAAUAACAGGCGGCAGCACUGAAACUGUAGCAAUGGGUAGUAGCACUACGAGGGGCUCCACUAGCCUUACCCAGCACAGUAGUUUAAAUACGGUUGUGAGUUUUGGUCGUUCCAGUCCUUUCGGUGAUUCACAGCACGUAAGUAUCAAAGAUGUCUCACAAUUACAUUUCCCAAAUCAUCUUCAACAUUAUCAUCAUUUACAGCUGCAUCAGAAUCGGCUUCACCAACAACAAAAACAACAACAUCAUCAUCAGCAUUCUCUGCAAAAACUGCCAAUUUCAACAUCAACCCAAUAUGAUCCUUGUGCCUCUUCUAUUUCCGAUUCUUUUAUACAAACAAAGGAACCUUUAAUAAAAAUGCCUUCUUCUCUUAAAAGCCUGAUACUACAACAUAAACCAUCAUCAGCUACACAACAACAACAUCAACACACUGUUACACCCAUAACAAUAAGCCGCAGUGCCACAAAUCUUACCUAUACCGAUUCUACACCCCACACACCCGACGAUUAUUUUGCAUUCGAAACACAACAUAGUCCUUGUCCUUCGGUAAUGCUAGAAUUACCCCUCAUCCGUCUGCCAACCGAAGAUAGUUCGACCGAGAACUCACAAGCAUCUGAACAUACUAAAGGUGCCGAUCAGGAGCUUAGUCGUGGCUGUAAGAAUGAUCAACCUAGUGAUCCUAGUUUACCGGGUUCAUCACGUAAAUGGUCCAAAGAAACAUUAUUCUAGCUAACAGUUCUUCUAAGUCUAUCAUCAACAUCAUCAGUUUGUUUACUUUCUAAUAUUGUUCGUCUUCGACAUUUGACAGCUUUCAUUUUAAAGAUCACCACUUUGCAUGAGAACAUAUAAAAAAUGAAUAUUAAAUAUGGCGGUAUAAAGUUACUUUAGAUAGAUAGAGCUAUAGAGGAAUUUUAAUUUAUUUUAAGAAUUUUGGGAUAGUUUUUCUUUUAAAAAUAAAGUUUGGAUUAAAAAUUUUGUUAGAAAUUUAAAAUGAUAUUUAGAUGUUUGUAUAAACGAUCGAAACGAUUUACUUUAAUUGACUUAUUCACAACAAUCUACCGAAGUUUUAUAGAACAAAUUUUGUUAGAUCGGUUCUGUUGUUAGAUCUUACAACGUUGGCAGUAAAAUGUGCGGAAAAUUUCUAACAACAAUGUCAACAUAGAAAUGUCAAUACAACGUUGCGAAAGAAAAAUUGCAAGUUCACACGAUUGUUAGACAUUUUCUGCACAAUUUACUGACAACGUUGUAAGAUUUGACAAACGUGUAUCACAGCUUUUAGUUUGCUAUAUAUUAUAAUCAUAGAUACCGAAUUUAAACUUACAAUUUAAAGUUUUGUGUUAAAGGGACAGUUUAAACUUGUGUCCUUAACUUACAGUUUAAAAUUGUAUUUUAAACUCACAGUUUAAACUUGUAUCUUAAUCUUACAGUUUUAACUUCUGUCUUAAACUAACAGUUUAAUGUUUUGUAUUAAACUUACAGUUUAAACUUGUGUCUUAAACUUACACUUUAAACUUGUGUCUUAAACUUAUACUUUAAACUUGUGUCUUAAACU